AUGUUACAACUUUUCACCGAUGGCACAACUAACAAACUGGUGGGGUGUUAUGUGGAGGACUGCCUCGAGGAUGUGGUGCUGGUAAGGGUGUACGGCAACAAGACAGAGCUGAUCGUGGACCGAGACAAUGAACUGAAGAGCUUCCAGGUUCUGCACGCCAACGGUUGCGCGCCCCGACUUUACUGCUCCUUCCAGAAUGGCAUCUGCUACGAGUUCAUCCAAGGACGUGCUCUGGAUACUCAAGACGUCAGGGACCCUGUGUUACUCAGACUGAUCGCGCGUGAAAUGGCCCGCAUUCACGCCAUCCACGCACACAACGGCUGCAUCCCCAAACCCAACCUGUGGAUAAAAAUGCGCAAGUACUUCUCGCUGGUGGCCACUGAGUUCACAGACCAAGCAUCUAACGUCAGAAUUCAGCAGGAAGUGCCCAGUCAGGAAGUUCUAGAACAGGAAAUUAUGUGGAUGAAGGAACAUCUGUCGCAGCUGGGUUCUCCUGUAGUGCUCUGUCACAAUGACCUGCUCUGCAAGAACAUCAUUCACAAUGCAAAGGAAGGUCAUGUUCGGUUUAUCGAUUAUGAAUACUCAAGUUACAACUACCAAGCAUUUGACAUUGGAAACCAUUUUAAUGAAUUUGCAGGCAUGAGUGAACCCGACUAUAACCUUUACCCCAGUCGAGAAAUGCAGUUGGACUGGUUGCACACUUAUUUGCAGGCCUACAAGCUCUUUACCAAGAAAGGUGAAGAGGUGAGCCAGCGUGAACUGGAGACGCUCUACGUACAGGUCAACAAAUUUGCUCUGGCUUCACAUUUCUUCUGGGGUUUCUGGGCCCUGAUCCAAGCCAAGUACUCCACCAUCGAGUUUGACUUCCUCGGGUAUGCUGUGCUACGUUUCAAUCAGUACUUCAAGACCAAACCUGCUGUAAUGGCCCUGGAGAUCCCCAAAUGAGACGUCAAGAUUGAGAGGACAGUGCUGGUAUCGGUUGACCUCAUCGUUGACCGUUUGACUAUGGAAUCAGAGGCCUUUUUAGUCAGGGAAGGGUAUGGGGUGCAGCAGGGGUGAGCACUGGGACCUCUUAUGAUUGGUUGACAACUUGUCUGCCAAGUCGUAGUUCCACAAAUUCUUGAUUCC